AUGACUCGCCUCGAGCUCUGGCAUUCAUGCUACCUGUUAUUCCCCCUUCUGGUCCUGUACCACCUGUACAUCUCCCCAUAUACCAAAGUCGAGGAAUCCUUCAACAUCCAAGCAGUCCACGACAUCUUGGAAUAUGGCGUGCCUACCCACGACGCGAAUCACAAGUUCAAGACCUUCUAUGACCACAUGACCUUCCCCGGCGCCGUGCCUCGGACAUUCGUGGGCGCCGUGGUCCUGGCCGCCGUUGCGAAGCCCAUUGCGUGGGUUGGAAAUCUUGACGGAGUUCAGCAACAGUUCCUUGUCCGCUCUAUCCUCGGCCUCUUCAAUGCUGCUGCCCUCAUCUACUACGCGUCAGGCGUGAGACGAGCAUAUGGCAAAGUUGCCGCGGCGAGGUACACCUUCCACCAAGCGAGCCAGUUCCAUGUCUGGUAUUACUCGUCGCGGACUCUACCCAACAUGUUCGCGUUUGGGAUGAGCACGUUUGCGCUCUCCCUCCUCCUGCCCGUCACGCCGUCAACGACCAAAUCCCUUAUCACACGCAGCAAGAUGGCACUCUACCUUCUCACUCUGGCGACCGUCGUCUUCCGCUCCGAGAUCGCCCUUCUCUUAGGCUGUCAGUGCCUUUACAUGCUUGUCCAGGCCGCGGGGCCCGACAUCUCUGUGGCCAAGGCUGUCUCUCUGACCCGCAGAGUCUUGAUCCCUUCCAUCCUGACCGCGAGCCUCGCGGGUCUUUUAUUGACCGUCUCUCUCGACACCUUCUUCUGGCAAACCCCAAAACCGCUCUGGCCCGAACUCGCGGCCUUCUUGUCUAACGUGUUCCCUGACAAGGACAGCCUGGGUGCCUCUGCCUGGGGAGUGAGCCCCUGGCAUUGGUACUUCACCAGCGCCUUGCCACGGCUUCUGAUGAAUCCCUUCGCGGCGGCGGGCCUGAUCCCCGCCGGCUUCCUCUUUUACAGCACCUCAGCCUCGAAUUGGGACCUGACAGUCCCCUCUAUGGGCUAUGUCUGUUUAUAUUCCUUCCUCGCGCAUAAAGAAACACGCUUUCUGUUCCCGGUCAUCCCGCCCCUGACGGCAGCGUUUGCCAGAGUCACCGCUCACUUCUCCGUUCUGGGCGAGCGCUCUGCCAUCUACUACAUGGUCACAAGCGGCAUAGCUCUGACUACAGUCUUUGCCGCGCUUGUCUCUCACCUGGUCCUCCUGCCGCUAUCCGCGCAGACGUACCCAGGCGCCCACGCACUGAUGUCCCUGCACUCCAUCUCGCUUAACUACCCAGCCCAACCCAGCGUGAACGUGCACCUCACCAACCUCGCACUCCAGACCGGAGUGACGCAUUUCCUCUCGACACCCUCAUUCACCAACGCCUCCGGCCACGGCAGGCCGGUGUUCUACCUCCCCGGCUCACCCUCGGGCGACAUCCCCCCGCUCGUAUCCACCACGCGCACAAAAUGGAUCUACGACAAAUCCGACAACGCGACCGCCUUCCUCUCGCCCAUGUUCUGGGCAAAGUUUGACUACGCCGUCGUCGAGGACCCCGGCCGCGUCAUUGGGCUGUGGGACGUCGUCGACAAGGUUCCCUCUUUGGGGCGGGUGCAGAUCCUGAACCCCGAAGUCGGUCGGGGCAUGUUGGUGCUGGGACCCAAGGACGAGAGGAGGGAAGACGAUGGACUUUCCAGGCUCGUGGGGGCCUUGUAUGGGGACAAGAUGAAAUUCUUGUACGGAGUCGUGCAUGAUUUGCUCAGGGAAGGGUAUGGAGUGCAGUGGCUGCUGGGACGGCAGCGAGGGAGUUGGACGAGGGGGUGGUGGGUGCAUUGGGGGUUGGAGACUAGGUUAUAUGUUCUGAAGAGGGCGCAGGGUGGUAUGAUUAUGCCAUGA